AUGUCCUUUUCAAGUUCGGAAGAAUACAAGGAAUGGUUUGAAAGAAUGUGUGAGGUGCACUGCACAUCAUUUUUCUGCAGAUCGAGUGGAGCGAACCAGAAGAAACUGUUUAUGAGGUGCAACCGUUGUGAUGAAGGCAGAUCUCAGGAUGAACAACGUAUUCGUAUAACCAAGGAAGUUCGUCCUCAUUGCUCUGCUUUUGCGAACGUGCAUUUCAAUGAAGACGGUACUGUUUCCGUGGUAGCAUGCUUUGGUCACAUUGGGCACGACCUCGAUCCGGUCCUACUUCGGUGGACUGACGAUCAAAUAGAGUAUCUGAAGCUCAUGCUACAAGAGUUUUCAACAGAUUACAUAGUACACAAAAUGAGGAAGGAUCACGAAUCCAAAGACUCUAAGUUGUACUUCAUAACAAAAAGAGAUCUCUGGAAUAUUAUGGCUAAGUACAACCUAAACCCCGGACAGCGCGAUAGAGAUGAUCUCACAUCUCUGAGAAUGAGGGAGGAAGAAAGAAAUCCCGAUGACGGGAUACGUUUCUUCAAAAUGCCGGACGAUCCAACUGGAAAAGGUUUUGUUCUAGUCAUCAUCACGCCUCUCCAGCAGAAGUGGCUGGAACAGUAUGGCCAUAGGGGCAUUUCGGUCGACGAUACUCACAACGUCACCAGAUAUGCCUUGAAGUUGGCGACUGUAAUGGUUGUUGAGCGUGACCGGGGCCUACCCGCAGAAAGACCUACAGAGGCAUCAUCGGAGCCUUCAGAAAUCUGCUUCAUCGGCGAUGAAGCAACUUUUUACGCGAAGCUCACUGAGAUUUUGAUGCACCUCCGAGUCAAAGGCUGUUCGCGUCUGAUUCAGUACCUUCAACGCGAAUAUCUUGAGAGACAUGGCACUUCCGGAUCAAACCAAGAAAAGCUCAAAAGGAAGGCAAGAGUUGACUACGCUGCGGAUGUGUUGAUUAAGGCCGUGGAUGAAUUGGCGGUAGAGUUCGAGAUAACGGAUCGUAGUCAGCUCAGCUCGUUUUUCCGCGUGAGAGAGAACAACGUACAGCACAGGCUUGCUGUUCAACUGUACAAGGGAAACAUGGACAGCAUCCACAAGGUUGGAGACAUGACGUGGAAUGUAGAUGCUACGACAUCGGAGACGGUGUACCGCGUCGAAUUCGUUGAGCAGUGCACUUGUCCUGUUCAGGCCAAUACGCACUGGUUCGAUGUCAUGUAUGUCCUUAUACAGGGACCUGUUCAUGCAGAGCUGGAGCUCUCGCUGGAGUAG